AUGUCGGCCGUAGUGUUCCUGAAAAGCUCGGUCUCCCGCCUGCCGCCGAGUGUGGCCCGGCAGGUUGUUGGGAGUUUUUACCACACCGAGAAAGGUGUUUACGGCUACCGACCUAAACAAAUCGACAGGGACCAGAAGUUGCAGAGCGACCACAUCGCUGCACUUAACCAAGAUCAUGGUCUUGCCCGUCUGGUGGAGGCAUACAGGACACAUGGACACAAGCUUGCUAAAAUUAACCCUCUGCUGCCACAGAAGCCAGUGGUAGAUAUUGUCCCAGAGAUAAGCAUGUUGACUGACACCCUGAAAGGACGCCUGAACACCUCAGGAUUGCAACAUUUUGGCAAGGCGGAGGCUUCUGUGGAGGAGGUGGUGGCCUACCUGGAGGAGGCCUACUGUGGCCAACUGUCAGUGGAAACCAGCCACCUGAGCAGCCUGGAGGAGAAGGAGUGGUUUGCUGAGCGCUUUGAGGAGCUCAAAAAGGAAACUUUCUCCUCUGAAGAGAGGAGGCAGCUCGCCAAGAUCAUGUUGGAGUCCCAGGAAUUUGACCAUUUCCUUGCCACCAAGUUUGCCACCGUGAAACGCUAUGGAGGAGAGGGAGCUGAGAGCAUGAUGGGCUUUUUCCACGAACUGUUCAGCCAUGCGGCCCAGAGAGGAGUGACCGACAUCGUGAUCGGCAUGCCUCACAGAGGCCGACUCAACCUCUUGACAGGCCUGCUGAAGUUCCCACCAGAGCUCAUGUUCCGUAAGAUGCGAGGCCUCAGUGAGUUCCCUGAGAGCUCCCCUGCCAUUGGCGACGUUCUCUCCCACCUCACCUCCUCAGUGGAGCUGCAGUUUGGAGGUGGACGUCCGCUUCAUGUGACCAUGCUGCCCAACCCAUCUCACCUGGAGGCAAUCAACCCCGUGACCCAGGGCAAGACCCGGGCCAGGCAGCAGCUCAGGCAGGAAGGGGACUACUCGCCUGAUGAGAACGCCCAGCCGGGGGACCAAGUCAUCUGUCUGCAGGUCCAUGGUGACGGCUCAUUCACUGGCCAGGGGAUUGUCCCAGAGACCUUCACCCUCGCAAACCUCCCCCAUUACAGAGUUGGUGGGAGCAUCCACCUGAUAGUUAACAACCAAGUGGGUUACACCACCCCAUCUGAGAGAGGGAGGUCUUCUUUGUACUGUAGCGAUGUCGGUAAGAUGGUGAGCUGUGCUGUGAUCCAUGUGAAUGGUGAUGAUGCAGAGGAAGUGCUGAAGGCAACUCGGCUGGCUGUGGAGUACCAGCGGCGUUUCAGGAAAGAUGUUAUCCUGGACUUGAUAUGUUAUCGCCAGUGGGGCCACAAUGAGCUAGACGAGCCUUUCUUCACCAACCCUGCCAUGUACAAGAUAAUCCGCUCCAGGAAGAGCAUUCCUGACUCCUACUCUGACCAGCUGAUCUCUGAGGGCCUGAUGACGGAUGCUGAGCGUGGAGAGAUCAAGUCCAAGCACUAUUCAAUGCUGAACGACAAGCUGGCCAACAUGACAGUGUACAGCCCUCCACCCACCAACCUGCAGGGGCGCUGGGGCGACUUGUCCGAACCCCAGGCCAAGGUCACCACCUGGGACACAGGUGUCCCCAUUCCCCUGCUGCAGUUUGUCGGGGCAAAGUCUGUGGACAUUCCCGAGGAUAUCCAGCUCCACAGCCACCUUGGAAAGACCCAUGCACAGGCUCGGCUGCAGAAAUUGGAAGAAGGCACCAAACUGGACUGGUCCACAGCAGAGGCCAUGGCAUUUGGUUCCCUCCUCUGCCAGGGCUUUAAUAUUCGUAUCAGUGGACAGGAUGUCGGGAGGGGCACAUUCAGCCAGCGACAUGCCAUGGUUGUAUGCCAAAACACCAACGACAUGUACAUCCCUCUAAACCACAUCGAACCUCAGCAGAAAGGUUUCUUGGAGGUGUGUAACAGUCCACUUUCUGAGGAGGCGGUGCUGGGAUUUGAAUAUGGCAUGAGUAUCGCUCAGCCCAAGCUCCUUCCCAUCUGGGAGGCUCAGUUUGGGGACUUCUUCAAUGGAGCGCAGAUCAUCUUUGAUACCUUUAUCUCUGGAGGUGAGGCCAAAUGGCUGCUACAGUCUGGAAUGGUGAUCCUGCUACCUCAUGGGUAUGAUGGAGCAGGGCCUGAACACUCCUCCUGCCGCAUGGAGCGCUUUCUACAGAUGUGUGACAGUAAAGAGGAGGGUGUGGAUGGGGACAACGUCAACAUGGCUGUCGUGAACCCCACCACUCCUGCUCAAUACUUCCACCUGCUGAGGCGACAGAUGAUCCGUAACUUCCGCAAACCGCUCAUCGUGGCUGGACCCAAGAUGCUGCUGAGGUUUUCUGGGGCGACAUCCAGUCUGGCUGAGUGUGCACCAGGAACAUUUUUCAGACCAGUGUUAGGUGACACUUCAGUUUCAGUAGAAAGUGUCCAGAAGGUGGUACUGUGUUCAGGGAAGCAUUAUUAUGCCCUGCUGAAGCAGAGGGAGGUGUCGGCAGCCAACCAGAACACAGCGCUUGUCCGUGUGGAGGAGCUGUGUCCCUUCCCACUGGAGGCUCUGCAGCAAGAGCUCAGGAAAUACCCCAACGCCAAAGAGUUUAUCUGGAGUCAGGAGGAGCCUCAGAACAUGGGUCCAUGGUCCUUUAUAGCUCCCAGGUUUGAGAAGCAGCUGGCCUGCAAGCUCCGGUUAGUUAGCCGACCUGCUCUGCCCGCCCCUGCUGUGGGUAUUGGGACCCUCCAUAACCAGCAACAAGAGGCCAUCCUCUCUUCUACCUUCUCCUAAGACACAAGAACACCGAGAACCAAAAUAGAUGUUCCUCAAGGAUCAGUCGUCUACCACAUAUCUACUGUGCUUUACUCACAACAGUCCAACCACCAGCGCUAAAAGCACAAAUGCAAGACUGCUGCAUGAAGAAAACAUAGGACCUUUAGAAAGUGUUGAGGUGUGGUUAAAAUUUAUUGGUCCCUAUUGGCCAGCUGUUACAGAGAACAGUGCUAAUGGUUGUAUUCGUAUUCUAACAGUUGAAGAGCAUUGAAACUGCAUUGAAGUGGGAACCCUUUAGACUCAGCUGACAAAAAAAGAAAAAAAGUGCACUAAGUAUGAAGUUGAAGUUUGAAUCUACAUGGCUCUGAUCAUCAGUCUGACUCACUAAUAAAAUUAGGGGCUUAUUCCAUCAAUUGAGUCUAAAUGGUCCUUACCUCAGUCAACCCUCAGUUUUAAAUCCAGGAUCCAUCUUUACCAAAGUUCUGAGGAUUACACUUAAGAGUGCAAUAAAGAGCCAACUUCGAGCAAAAAAAAACAACUUUGCUAAGAAUGGAGAAAGAAGUUUAUUAAGCAACAUGUGGUAGUUGAAGCUUCCACCAUGUAAAACUGACAUAAUGUUAUCGAUUACAAGAAGUGACAGGAAGAAAAGGACAAUCAGAUACACUGACUCAGUGUUUGUCUGCCUUAUUAAUAACGUAGUUCUUGAAACUAAUUUUUACAGUUUACUGUUUCUUGAUGGUGAGAUAAGUUAAACCUGUGAAAGAAAAAAUAUCAGCAAAAACCUCUGGAUUUUCUUAUUAAGAUGAAACAAAAAAAAGUUAAAUUGAUUGUACUGAUUAGCUCUUGAAGAUCACAUGCUGUUAAUAAUGACGUGGACAGAAUGGAGACGAAGAAAAAGCCAAACUAGAGCAGAGAGCAGAGCUAACGCUGAAAGAGGAAGAGAAAAAAAAUAUCAUUAAGGGGAAGAUUAGUAUGAGUAAUUAGUAAUUCUCAGCAUGUAACAGCUGACCCUCCUAUCAAGCCAAGACCAAAAUUUCAAUUUUAGCAGUUUGAUAAAUACAGGUCCUGGUUUUCAUUAUAUUUAUGUGGUUCGACGGCAAUGUUAAGAUUCCAGUUUGCUCAUUGCAAAUGUUUUCAUUUGUAUUUUUUCUCUUCCAGAUUGUCUCCUGCAGCAUGCUUGCAUUCUGUAUUUGGUAGUUAGCCGAGCACUAGGGUGAAGACCAUGAUCACCAUGGUUCAGAUCUGAAUCAAGGCCUUAGAGAUGACGUUUACAAUGUGAUUGUAGUACAAAGGCACUUUUAGCUUGAUCAUAAGUCCUUUACAAACACUAAGGAUGGGUUCUUUGUUUCAGAAUGUGAAUCACAAGGGGCUAGUCAUGUCAUGCAGUUUGUUUGCAUGAGCCGCUCAUUUUUGUACUGUUCUAACAAGCAAAUAUCAGUUUAGUAAGUUAUUUGGGUGUUCACUUUAGGUGUUUAUGCCUUGUAAGAAUUGACACUAGCAUUUUAUGCAUUAUGACCUAUUUGUAAGAUUAGAUUUUAGACUGGGAGGGAGUUGGUGUAUUGUGCUUCUGUGAAUUAUCAUGUGUGUGUGUUACUAGUAUGGCUGUUAAAUUUUUCAGCCAUUACCUGCCUAUUCUGGACUAGAUUUGUUAUGUUUGGAUCCUGUUGUAUCUUUCAUGACACAAACUUUAACUGAAGAGCACUUGAUCAUUCUGAUUAUCUAAACAUGGUUUACUUUAAAGUGUAGGUUUUAAGUGCAAAUAGUGACAUUAAAGGGCUAUGUUAUGGUGCGAACUGUUGUCAUUUACACGUUAUGAAAAGGAAAUAUUCAGUAUUUUCAAAUAAAUCUAUUUUCAUCAUUGUG